AACAUGGGUCGCGUGGAGGACGUGACGCUUCCGGCGCGGUUCAUCACGACCGCCGCCCAUCUCAUAGCCACGCUGACCAUCGUCUAUGACUCGAGCGAGACGGUGAAGCGCGCGCUGGGCUCGGACCUGUCCGAUUACAGCACCGAGCUGACUUCAUUGGAGGGCAUGGCGUACACCUCCAUCUUCUUCUUCUGCGUCGAGUUCCUCGGCAUGUUCACCGGCGUGUCCCUGUUCAUGCCCUCGGCGAACGUGUUUUACAUCUUCGCGCACUUCUUCGGGGCGCUCUUCACCGGGCUGUUCGUGACGCUGCAGUGGGACCUCCAGGCGUACCCGUGGAUGUUCACGCUCUUCAGCUUCUUCCCGGCGUUCACGGAGUCGGUCAUCGCGUUCCUGGUCUUGAGGCUCAACAUCAUGCAGUUCAAGUGAGAGGCGCGAGCGGCGGCGGCGGCGACGACUUUGGAGGGCGCAGACGAGGAUGGGGGCGACGAGGAGGAGGGUCGCCCGCGCGUGGGUUGGGUUUGGGACGGGACGCGCGGGCGCUGUAGAGCUAUACCGUAGUAGAGAGACGAUGUACAUCGCAUGGAGAUGAUACAACAC